CGCUCGGGGGAGCUGUCUCCGUUAACAAAUCAAACGCAUUCAAUCAUGUUGACCCCCCACGUCAGAGUGUCUCAGGCCAGUGUGUGUGAAGCAGAAUGGCCGAGCAGGCGGUGACAGCGAACAACACAGGGUUAGUUCAGAGAGUGAUGUCUGUUGUCGGCGCUCGCGGUCUGGUCAGCAGCGUGUGGGGCUACGUGGACGCCACCGUCAGGUGGUGCUGGAUCCCCAGCUGGCUGCCGUCAUGGUGUCCCACCUCUAGCCUCCAGCUCCAGACUGCAGAGGACAGGAUGCUGCGAUGUGUAGAAAGCGCUUUUUCCAAACAAUACAUCCCCAUUGCUAACGGCAACCAGCUGUGGACUCUGACCUUUAGCAGUGACCGUGUCAAAGACCGAACCCCCAUGGUUCUGCUCCAUGGGUUCGGAGGAGGCGUGGGCCUCUGGGCUCAGAACCUGGACGCACUGUCCCAGCGCCGGCCCAUCUGGGCCAUGGACCUGCUGGGCUUUGGACGGAGCAGCCGGCCGCGUUUCUGCACAGAUGCCCGGGAGGCAGAGGACCAGUUUGUGGAGUCUAUAGAGCAGUGGAGGGCUGAAGUGGGUCUGGACUCCAUGAUCCUGCUGGGACACAACCUGGGAGGAUACCUGGCUGCGUCUUACGCCAUCAGAUACCCCAGCAGAGUGAAGCACAUGGUGCUGGUGGAGCCCUGGGGUUUCCCUGAGCGCCCGGACACAGCAGAGGCCGACCGGCCCAUCCCGGUGUGGAUCAAAGCCCUCGGGGCCAUGUUCACGCCCUUCAACCCUCUGGCUGGCCUGAGACUGGUGGGGCCGCUCGGUCCCACUCUGGUCCAGACCCUGAGACCCGACUUCAAGAGGAAGUUCUGCUCCAUGUUCAGUGACAACACUGUGUCCGAGUACAUCUACCACCUGAACGUGCAAAUCCCCAGCGGGGAAACAGCCUUUAAGAAUAUGACCAACUCCUUUGGCUGGGCUACCAGACCCAUGCUGCACAGGAUGGACCAGCUUCAGCCCAAGAUCCCCAUGGCCAUCAUCUACGGCUCCCGCUCCAGCAUCGACAGCAGCGCCGGCAGCAGCAUCAGGGAGAGCCGGCCACACUCCCAUGUGGAGAUCACAACGAUCCGCGGAGCCGGACACUACGUGUACGCCGACCAGCCCGAGGACUUCAACCACACGGUCCUGCAGGUGUGUGACCAAGUGGACUGAAGCUGAACUCAACAACAGACUGAACUUUUUGUAUUUUUAUAUCUUUUAGAUAGCUGUAUUACUGCAUCCUCUGUGAAGAAACACAGUAAGACUCAAUACAUAAGUAAAGUCAUUUCUUAUAUGAUAUAAUGUUGUUAUAUUUAAUCACAUCUUUCCCGUCUGGUUGUGACACAGACAGGAAGUGGACUCUUCAGUACAUCGCUGCCUUCAGCACCAGGAAGCAGCUAGACAUGUAUCUGCAGUCAUGACUAAUCUCUAUUUAUAGCGUCUCUCCCCUCUGAUUGUUUUUGGCUUUUCUUUUUUUUCUUUUUACUCAAAAGUUGAUUUCAUUAGCUUUUGUUAUGAAUGUGAAGCCAGAUCAGCUCUGUGGUCUGUUAAACCUACAGGACUGUUUUACACCUGCGUCAUACCUUUCUGACUGCUGUCUACAGGAAACAUCUUAAACCAUUUCAAUGCAUACUUUAAUUCUCAGUGAAAGCAUCUUUCUACGUGCCACUGAUUUUCUGUUGAGCGAUGCUGAGCCACACAGUAUAAUUGCAUACGUGAGAUACGUUUCAAUUUCUUCGAUGUUCACACUAAUAAUCUUUCCCAGACAAAUAUUAAGCCUGAAAAUGAUCAUUAGAUGCAUUUUAGAGAAAUGCUAGUUGAAGUUGACUAGCCCCUCAGACGUUCACAAGAUGCCAGGAUGCAGCCCUGGGACCCGUACGGUGGGACGUCCCGUGCACAUAGUGCCCACGGCUCUUAGUGAAGACGCUGCCGGUGCAGCGCCGCCUCCUGAGCUUUUGGCCAGAGUGUUGGUGUUCAGCUCUGCGUCAGUGGGGGCAGCCAGCCCACUAAAUGCUUUCGAUGCAUUUUAGAGAAAUGCCAAUCGAAGUUGGUUGUUAUUGCUAAUCUCAACUGGAACACUGUCAUGUCAUCUGUGCAGCUGGACUCUCCGCUGUCUAUCGGGCUUCUGUCUAAAAAAGCAAACAUUAAGAAAAGCAACAUGAUUUUUAUAUAUAUAUAUAUAUAUAUAUAUAUAUUUAGACAAAUGAAAAACCAAGAAGUUCCAGAUGUCUUCUGUGGCUGUGAAGCUACUUUCUGAAGUCUAAAAAAAACAUUGCCCGUGUAUGUCACCAGGGUAAUCGCAGGUAGGGCGUGAAUCAACGGGAAGUGUAAGAUCCAGUGAUUUUAGACCCAUACCGUGGACUAAAAGUCAGGAUUUCUUGAGCUCCAAUCUUUUUGAAAUCCAUAUAAUUUGAAAUGCAGAAACUCUGGGUUUAGAGAGGUGGUAGGAAGACCGAGAUAUAUAUAUAUGUAUAUAUAUGUGUCUGCAUAGCAGCCUUAUCAUUUGUCACAGGGAACAAUGUCUUUGUAAUUUGUCUGCCGUUCUUAAAUCAGUUGCUUAACGGUCAUUGUCGACAAAUUAAAAAAAAAGAAAUGUGAAUUGUGCAAAUUAUUUUCUUCUUCCUCUUGAAAUGUAAACACUAAUAAAUAGUUGUUAGCUGUAGUAUGA